CAUGGAAACUUCUCUCUCCUGUUAGAGAAUGUGACCGUUAAAGAUGAGGGAGAAUACACAUGUCAAGUGAACAGCGAACAGAGAUCUGUGUUUUCAUUCAGUCUCAAUUUAAAAUGUAUAGAUGAUCUUUCAGAUUCAAAGUUCAUUGUGGUAUAUUCUUGUGAUGUGGUUGUGCCUCUGGGAUCUUCAGUGGUUCUGCCCUGUCUAACUAAAAAAGAACCCUUACCACCCGAAGGACUGAAGGUGGAAUGGAAAAGAUCAGGUUUAGAGAGUCCAGUGUUUGUUUAUGAAGAUGGAGCAGAGGUUCAGAAUGAGGACUAUCGUGAUAGAGCUCAUUUCUACACUGACGACAUGAAACACGAAAACUUCUCACUCCUGUUGAAGAAUCUGAGAAAGGAAGAUGAAGGAAUAUACACAUGUAAUGUUUACAGAGGGACCGUGUUUUCACGCUUUGUUCACUCAAAUUUGGUGCAAAGACUACGAGAUUCAGGUUUUCGUCUUCAAAUGUUUCUGGCCAUCUGUCCAAAUAUCAUCAUGUGUUUUGCUUUUGUCUUCUGGGGUGUUUCUGAAGGAUCUGUGAGUGAGACGGUCUGCUGUUGUGCUCUUUAUAUUCUCAGACCUCUCCUGUUACUCUGGACGGCUCCUUAUAUCAAUGAUUUUAAAGACAGAAAUAAAACACUGAUACUGAAGUACAGUUAUGUUACAGACUAUUUUGUUUUGACAGCUGUUGUUUAUCCAGCUCUUUUUACAAAUACUUGGCAGAAAAUUCAGAAUUUUGCAGAAUUUGACAGAGUCUUGGUAUUAAUCCUCUAUGGUAUCAUUUUUGUGUGCUGCUCCUGCAAAGCCGUUUACAUUUUAGAAGCAGAGUUUGGAAACAGGAGUAAAAAAGUAGUUAAAAUAUUUGACAUUGUUGCUGAUUUUACCUUUGAAAUUCUGCCGACAUUACAAUUCAUCCUUCUGUUCUACACAUUUGCAUCAGCCAGAGGAGGAAUCAUCAUUGUUGCAGUUUUACCACUUUUACUAACAAUGACAAAUGAAAGAAUGUUUCGUAAAUGUUAUCUUCACUUCGGCUGGUCAAAUGAGUUCAUAGCCACGGUGAUGCUCAUUGUCACAUUAGUGAUGAAUGCAGUAAUGAUCGGCUUUUUCAUCUUUACAAUGGAAAAUAAAACAGAUCCUGUUGGAUGGGCUUGUGUGAUGGUGUUUCUGCAGAUACUCUGGUCAGUUGUCAGAUUCUCAGAUCAGAGUUAUUAUUUACGUCUUGAUCUGGGUUUUCAUCGUUUUGUUUCCCUUUAUGUGUUUGGAUCAGUUAUUGUUGUUUUAAUCUGUGCUGUGGCUUUGAUGGCAGAGUUGAUACUGAAAACAAUUAAUGGCGAGCGUGCAGUGAUGGAUCUGAGGUUUAUUGUCUUUCCCUCUGAAUCUUUAUUCAUCAUGUCUGUGUUGAUUUCAGGACAAUUUUCAUCCAAGAUUCAAGCGUGUCUGAAGUCUUGUCAGAUGAGAAUGAGUUCUAUGCAAACUCCAGCCAACAGAUCACAACAGAAUCCGAACCAACAUUCUUCGAGCCUUCUACAGAUGACGACCCUGGAAGAGCCCAGGGAGCCCAUCCAUCAGGACGAGCAUGGUGCCCCACCUUUUGCUGAAAUACCAGGACUACCAUGGUGUGCUUGUGGUAACUGUAGGGAGAUGCCUACGGACCUGGAGAGGAAAUGCUGUGGCAAGGAGCCAGCUCACUGUGUAAGCCUACUGCCAGACUUCUCCCGGUAUUGCCUUGACGAAGGAAUAAUUCACAGUCAGGACAUGACGGAAUUUGGCCACAUCAGGGAGCCUGGGGAUGACAACAGGGAGAAUCGCUAUGGUGCAUACUAAAACUUUAUUUAUUGGCGACAUGGCUCUUUAGGCCAGGGAAACCGACUUGUCAUCCCCAGUUGUUGUGUUUGGAGGAUCAGGGACAAAUUCCCUGAUCCUCAACAACAAUUCACAUCUUUCAUUCCUGUCAUGUGAAUGUCCUUUCAAGCCCUCUGGCAUGGUCAUACAUUACCACACGCGUAUUCACAAACCUGCCCCAGCAUCAUCAAGGCAUCAAAGAAAUGUUCAUUGUUUAGAAUUUGUUUAUCAUUUUAUAUUUAUGUGUUUAUUUACAAUUUCUCAAUUUAAAUUUGAGAUCUUUUGUUGUGCAUUUUGAUUGGCAAUGCAUAGAUGAUUUUUUUUAUUUUCAUUUUAAUCAUUUGAACAUUUAUUAAUGAUUAUCGACAGCUUGAGCGCUAUUUACAAUGUUGAGCAGUAAUAAUAAGCUCUAAAGUAAUUACAGUAACUGUCACGCCAGGUUGCCUGCACCAUUGUGAGCCACUGGAGGGUGUUGUUCUUGUCAUGGACUCCAUUUCCCAUCAUGCUGUGCUCUCAUUAGUGUUCAACCUGGUUCAGCUGUGUAUCAUUUCCUGUUUCAAUGAAUUUUUGGAUGUAUAUCACUGUGGACUGACAUUAAAUGGAUUUAAUGUAGUGGUGGUGAGAUGAAGCCCCGUGAAGCAUUGAACCUUUUCAGCCAAGUGGUUCACAAAAGGGUUCAUUUCUCAAGGCUUAAUUUGCUCACAAUACCACCUGGUGGCCAAAGAGUGUAAAACAAGCAGACACAUUACAGAUGUGCCCUGAUGUGGUCCUGCCAUACACUGUUUUUUAAUAACGGUGAAGAAAAAAUCAAUUUCAGCAUACACUUAUCUAUUUAAAUGAACAUAGUGUGUAUUUUUUGGUGGUAUAUAAUGAUUGUAUAACAACUGCGUAAUAAAUGUAUUGACUUUAAAUGAAAGUUGUAAAUCAAUUAUAUAGUCAUAAUAGGCAUAAGGAGCAAUAUUAAUAUUCUAAAAUUGGAAAGUGUCUCGGCUUAACUGGGCAGAGGGCAGUGAAUGUGCUUGUGUAACUUGGUUUAUAUAGCUGUCAAAAUGUCGCGUCAAAAUUCGAACCGCUUACUGAAACACUCAGGCGGAAGCGAGGCUUCAGACGUCAUCUAUGACGUCAUUGGUCUAAAGCGAUACAAGCCUCGAUACUCGCUUCACUGAAAGCAUCUCGGCACACGCUCCGAAGCCUCGGCACAGAACAUAACAUCACUAAUUUAACCUGCAUUUUGACCCGCUGUCUGGUCCUGACCUGUGUACUCUCGUGACAGUAACACUAUAUCUGUAAAUAUAUUUUUCUUGAUAAAUUGUCGCUUUCCUGCAAGAAGGCAAGGUGAUCUCCUAUGUGGACCCUUCCACUUCAGGUGCUGCACAGAAUAAUUGUCCUGCUGUUUUGACAGUGCCAAACAUAAAGUUACAUAAUGUAAUGUUCACAUCAAUCUAAGGUAAUAUGGUACAGUAUAUGCAACAAAUUUGUGAAGCUAAUACACGCUGUAUCUUCUAGCGUUUUUCUUAUACAAUCUUCUGAAAGUGAAAUUACACAGAUUACAACCAUUCAACUUCAGUUACUAACUAGAACAAGAGACGACCUAAUUGACAUGUGAAGCCAUAAUCAAUUGCAUAUAAACCACUGGCUGAAUAUUGUACUAUAAAUAGGGAUAUUGCAUAAGUGUCAAACAAACAUCUCUUUACCAUCUUUCGUUUUCAUUGUUGGUCGGUUCUGGUGGAAAUUGUAGUCUAAUGCAGCAAGCAGAACUCUUGUCUCAUAAACUGGGGGGUUG